CAAAACAAAACAAAAAAAAAAAGUAAAAUAAUUAAAAAUAGGUGGUUUGCAUAGAGAGAGGCGAGUGCUUGUAAGAAGGUACGUGGGUCAUGAUCACUGCCCUGCAGGACGCUGUGAGCACAGUAAAGGGCAGGCUCCGUGCUCAGACAGGCUCCCUGGCUUCCCACCAACCUCAACUUAGCACUAAAGCUGGCUGCGAGGCAUCAAUUUAAGGACAGUUUUACACACUUAAAAGAGUGGACACAACCGGGACAGCUUGUGUGAAAGAGAAGGAACAGGAAAACGUGACAUCCAGAAGUCAAUUGGCUCCUCCUGACUUGCUUGGAAGUUCAGUAUCAGGAGGCACAGGAAGGCAGUGGAUGUAGAGAGAGGAUGUGCAGCGCUGAGGACGACGUCUGAGACAGUGAGGAUCCUCUGCUCUGUUAACUAUGAUUGUUACAAGUGCAGCUCUAAGGAGAGAUGCUUGAUGACUGAAUGAUCAGAACAGAAAUGGAGCAUCCAUCAACACUUGAGUCAAGUGAAAGUGUGAGAAAGAAAUGAGAAGGAGAAAUCAAGGCACAAGUAUUGUUGUUCACUUUUGAUUCUGAAGCAGCGUCAUUGCUCCAAGAGCUCCCACCUGCUAAUGAAGAACCCUCUUAUACCAAGAUUUUCAGACUGGAAGGAAAAAUUGAGUGCUCAAAUCUGAUCAGAAUGUCAGGAGUAGACAAUUGCUAUUACAAAAAGUGAUGGCAAUCUUCUUUUUUUUUUGCCUAAUACAUACUGCCCAAGCACUUCUAUGGAGAGACAGCAGAGAGACCAUCCAUCAGCAUCACAAAAUCUGAACCAGAAUUCAUUUCAUGGCUGUUUUAAAACCACUUGGGACAUGAUACUAAAACCACCUCUGCUGUAAAAUUGUAUCAGCCUGCUGCCUCGUGUGGAUUUAAUGGUGUUGUAACCUGUUGUGAAUUAGAUCACAUCCAGCAUCAGAGGCUUGUGGGUGUAGCUGCUCCUGGUGUGUUUAAUCUUGAUGUCAAAGGGUGCACCUCUGUGUGAAUGGGAGGAUGGGAAAGCUGAGCCCUGAAAAGCACACCACAAAAGUCGACAUUAAGCAGAGUUCCCGUUCCUCUGAGGCAGCUGAAGAUGAAAAGGACCAGCGUACAGUGACAGUCAAUCCCUCCCACAUGAGAAAGGCUUUCAAGGUCAUGAAUGAAUUACGGAGCAAGCGGCUCCUGUGUGAUGUGGUGAUUGUGGCCGAAACCGUGGAGAUGGAAGCUCACCGGGUGGUGCUGGCAGCCUGCAGCCCUUAUUUUUGUGCCAUGUUUACAGGAGACAUGUCUGAAAGUAAGGCCAAGAAGAUUGAGAUCAAAGACGUGGAUGGGCAGACCCUGAGGAAGCUGAUUGAUUACAUCUACACCGCUGAGAUCGAGGUCACGGAGGAGAACGUGCAGGUUUUGUUGCCAGCUGCCAGUCUAUUGCAACUGAUGGAUGUUAGAAAAAACUGCUGUGACUUCCUGCAGUCCCAGCUGCACCCCACGAACUGCCUUGGCAUCCGCGCCUUCGCCGACGUGCACGCCUGCAGCGAGCUGCUGCAGCAGGCCAACGCCUACGCAGAGCAGCACUUCCCUGAGGUGAUGCUAGGAGAAGAAUUUCUUAGCCUUAGUCUGGACCAGGUUUGCAGUUUAAUAUCAAGUGACAAGCUCACAGUCUCCUCUGAAGAAAAGGUCUUUGAAGCAGUUAUCUCUUGGAUAAAUUAUGAGAAGGAAUCUCGCUUAGAGCACAUGGCUAAGCUGAUGGAGCACGUUCGCCUGCCUCUUUUGCCCAGAGAUUACCUGGUACAGACAGUCGAAGAAGAAGCUUUAAUCAAGAAUAACAACACCUGUAAAGACUUCCUUAUUGAAGCCAUGAAAUAUCAUUUGCUUCCUCUGGAUCAAAGGCAACUAAUAAAGAAUCCCAGGACAAAGCCAAGGACCCCCGUUAGCUUGCCAAAGGUGAUGAUUGUGGUGGGUGGGCAAGCACCCAAAGCCAUUCGCAGUGUGGAGUGCUAUGAUUUUGAGGAGGAGCGGUGGGAUCAGGUUGCUGAGCUUCCCUCACGGAGAUGCAGAGCAGGCGUGGUGUUCAUGGCUGGCAAUGUCUAUGCCGUGGGGGGCUUUAAUGGCUCGCUGCGGGUGCGCACGGUGGACGUGUACGACGGCGCCAAGGACCAGUGGACGUCCAUCGCCAGCAUGCAGGAGCGGCGCAGCACGCUGGGCGCCGCCGUGCUCAACGACCUCCUCUACGCCGUGGGCGGCUUUGAUGGCAGCACUGGUCUGGCAUCAGUUGAGGCCUAUAGCUAUAAAACCAAUGAGUGGUUUUUUGUGGCUCCCAUGAACACAAGAAGAAGCAGUGUUGGAGUUGGAGUUGUGGAGGGGAAGCUGUACGCCGUGGGCGGCUACGACGGCGCGUCGCGGCAGUGCCUGAGCACGGUGGAGCAGUACAACCCCGCCACCAACGAGUGGACCUACGUGGCUGACAUGAGCACGCGGCGCAGCGGGGCAGGUGUUGGUGUGCUCAGUGGGCUGCUCUACGCCACCGGGGGCCAUGACGGGCCCUUGGUGAGGAAGAGUGUGGAAGUCUACGACCCAGGGACAAACACCUGGAAACAAGUAGCAGACAUGAAUAUGUGUAGAAGAAAUGCAGGUGUGUGUGCUGUGAAUGGUCUCCUCUACGUGGUGGGAGGUGAUGAUGGUUCCUGCAAUUUGGCCUCAGUGGAGUACUACAACCCCAGCACAGACAAGUGGACCUUGUUGCCAACCAGCAUGAGCACAGGGAGGAGUUAUGCAGGUGUGGCUGUGAUUCACAAACCCUUGUGACACACGAUCAAGCCAAUGUGAGGAGCAGAAGUGAAGUGGAUCCAGCUAGGUGGUGUUGGGAAGAUGACUGACCUCUGACUUGACCCAUCUCAUUGCUGUUAAUGUCUUAGCAUGACAAGUGAUACGUUGCCAGCAUCAUCCACUCUGCAGUGGAUUGCAUAGCCAAGUGAAAAUCCCUCUGGGGACGUGUUCCAUGCUAGACACGAGGUGUUGCUUGUUAUCUGUGGUGCAAUCAGCUGUUCUUCUCGAUGGCAUGUGUCCUGAGAUAAACACUGUGCUUGGACUGCAGGCACGGGAUUUUUUGUGUGAAACAAAACUGCUACGUUUGGGCAUGUGAGUAAAAAUGAAAGUUUCUGGAUUUCUUCCCUACUGAUGCUCCGUGCACAUUGUUGGUUGAACUACUUACUCACUGUGCCUGGAGGGUGGACUUUAUACUGGCAGGGGAAACUUCUGAGUUCCAACAGAUAAAAACAGCAGAAAUGGACUGGAACAGGGUGGUCUGGCUCGAGUGUGACGCUGUCUCAGCCAUACGUUUGUACAUGCCACUGGACUGCUGUAUGUAUCCCUGAAAUGCUUGUGGAAAUAAACACCAUGUGGUUUUUCUA